AUGGAUAAAAGAGAACGUCGUUCUAAUGCGGGCAAUUUGCUUGCAAAAGUGCUUGAUGAAGAAGAAGAAGAUGAAUUUUAUGCAACAACUUACGGUGGAUUCCAAGAGACUGAGGAAGACGUUGAUUACAAACAAGAGAAGGAAGUAGAUGAUGAAGUGGACUCAGAUUUUAGUAUUGAUGAAAAUGAUGAACCCAAGUCGGACGAUGAAGCUGAUGAGAAACGGACAAGGAAAAGCGGCACUAAAGUUUAUAAGGAUCCAAACAGAAAGAAAAAAGGUGGUGCAGUUGCAGGUCCUUCUCUUGGAGAAAAAGUGAAAAAAGCGAAUGAAAGGAAAGCACCUAAACCAAAACCAGAGAAGCCAGAGAAAGCUGAAAAACCUGAAAAGGCUGAAAGAUCUGAAAGGGCUGAACGCGCAUUUGCUGGUGAUUCUUCCAUAGAACGCAAAUCAAUAAGGCAGAGUACAGCAGUGAAAUCAGCAGAAACACUACAGAGAAUUAAGAUCAGAUCGGCAUUGAAAAAGAAGAAACCCAAAAAGGUUGAAGACAGGAUGCCCACACAGGAAGAACUGCUCGAGGAAGCUUUGAUCACUGAGAAGGAGAAUCUUAAGAGCUUGGAGAAAUUUGAACAAAUUGAGUUGGAGAGGAAAAAGAUACGACCCACCAAGAAGACUAUUACUGGACCUACGAUAAGGUACCAUUCAUUUGCUGUUCCCAUGAUAGAAGAAAUACCACCAGCGGAAGAUAAGUCCAGUCUACUAGGAGACCUGAACUUGAGCGAUAUCAUUAAACACGAAGAUGGUUUAUUAGAGGGUCAAGAAGUUAAGACUGAAGAACCGGACCAGCCUGCUGAAUCGGAGGAACCUGUAACCAAGAUGGACGUGGACUUCAUAGGACCUGACGAGGAAGUCAACAUUGAGAAAGUACCUAAAGAAGAAAAAUCACAGAAGAAAAGAGAACCAGAAAAUAUGAAGUACUACGAGCGCACUCUGCUGUCAUUCGAAAAUGACAUCAAGAACAAGGCAUUUAGGUCGUGUUUCCCAAAACAGAAUGUUAAGAAACGAAGACAACUGCUUUGCGCUGUUACGAAACGACCAGCCCGCUACAUUGAUCCUAUAACCAAGUUACCGUACAGAAGUGUAGAUGCCUUCAGAAUAAUACGCGAGGCAUACUACCAACAGUUGGAGGCUAGAGGUGACAGGAACGACCCGCAAAUAGCUGCCUGGCUACAAUGGAGGAGAGCUGACCAAGCUUCAACUUACGUACAGAUACAUAUUAAGUAG